CCCACCACCCCGCCCCACAGGGAAAAUGUAAACGUAAAUUUAUUUGUAAAGCACAUUUAAAAAAACAACAGUUGACCAUAGUGCUUAAAACAACCCGAACUAAACCUGGGGAACUAAACCCUAAGGAACUAACCCCUGGGAACUAAUCGAAGGAAAUAAACCCCGCCACGGGACUAAACCCCACGGCCACGGCACUAAAGCCAUGCAGGGAACUAAACCCACGGCACUAAACCAAGGGCACUAAACCCCACGGCACUUAACCCAGGGAACUAAACCCCACGGCACUUAACCCAGGGAACUAAACCAACGUACGGAACUCCCACUCGUCUCCAGCCCUCCGUGCGGCAGCAGUCUGCUGGUCGCGUCGCUUCCCGUUUCUUAACUCCGCUCUGUGAGGAGCGAUCAGCAGCUCGUCUCCUGAGCUUCUCACCAUGCCCGGUUGGGAGGACUUUGGAUCCAGCCCCGCUACUCACGCCAGUUAGACGGAGUGAGGGGAUCUGAACUCUGAAGUGAUCUGAAGCGAUCUGAAGUGAUCUGAAGUGACCUGAAGCGGUCGUUAUUUCUUCACGAUGCCUGAGAUCUCCAAGAUGAAGAAGCCGGACGUGAAGGUGGUGAUCCUGGGGGACAUGAACGUGGGGAAGACCUCGCUGCUCCACCGGUACACGGAGCGGAAGUUCAGAGACACCAUCAGCACCGUCGGAGGGGCGUUCUACCUCAAGCAGUGGGGCCCCUACAACAUCUCCAUCUGGGACACGGCAGGCCGGGAGCAGUUCCACGGCCUGGGCUCCAUGUACUGCCGGGGCGCGGCCGCCGUCAUCCUGACCUACGACGUGACCAGCUGGCAGAGUCUGGCGGAGCUGGAGGAGCGCUUCCUGUCGCUGACCGACACCGCCAACCACGACUGCAUCUACGCCAUCGUGGGCAACAAGGCCGACCUCACGGACCCCCGCGCCCAGCUGCCCGCAGACCCCCAGAGCCCCGCCGAGGGCGGCGAGCCCGGGACGGGGCCCCGGGUCCCCUCGGCCUGCCCCACCCCCCCGGCCUCCCCCCUCUCCCCCGGCUCCCCGCCCCAGCAGGUGGGCCGCGAGGAGGCGGCGGCGCUGUACGGCCGCGUGCUGCGCUACAAGGGGCUGGACGAGGGCAGCAGCCUGCCGGCCGACAGGAUGUGCUUCGAGACCAGCGCCCGGACGGGCUACAACGUGGACCUGCUGUUCGAGACGCUCUUCGACCUGGUUCUGCCCUCCAUCCUGAGGAAGAGGACGGAGAACCAGCGCUCGCCCACCGUCGACCUGGAGGACUACUGCGAACCCCCCGGCAGGAGGAGGGGCUGCUGCUAGGGCAGCCCUACUGACACUGGACCCCCGGCGGACCUGGACCACCGGCGGACCUGGACCCCGGGGGACCUGGACCCCCGGGGGACCUG